AAAGAAAUCCCUUUUGGAAAGUUUGUUUGUUUGAUCGUCUUGUAACACGUCCGCGAAGGAACGUUAGCGGAUUGUAGAGCGAAAAAUGAGUGUCCUGCUUAAUACAACACCUAAAACAACAACUUAAAAUGAAGCGCCAACGGGUCAAAGCUGGACCGAGCAGUAGUAGUCAUGUUUACGUGGAGGACCCGUACUCGGUCGACGGGUAUGAUGUUCCCCUGGCGCAGCAGAGAACGGCACCGAUCGAACGAUUCCUAGAGGCACAGAUCCUGCCUGGCGACACGUUGCAAGCCAUUGCUCUGCGAUUUAAUUGUUCGAUACCACAACUAAAGAAGCUCAACAAAAUCGACAAAGACAACGAAAUCUACGCCCGGAAUGUGAUUCGUAUCCCCCUGACGCCACACUCAAUCCUCUUGGAAACGCUACCCCGAGUACAUACCAGCGGCAACAGUAGCCCGAAAAACAUCACAACCCCCAACCCAACGGUCGGCGGUAUUGUUCCCGCAGACACAAAAGCCACACUGGACGAAAAGCUCAUCCUGGCCGCCGUUAGCAACGCAUCGAUUCAGCCAAGCAGCGGCGCGGUAACGCAGUUCCCACGAAAGUCUUCCGGAAAACACAGGGAUCCCACUCGGGCUCGAUCGGACGAGAUAGCGCUCGACGAGCUGGAGGAUGGCGACCAGGACGAUCACUUGUCCAGCCAGCCACUGCUGAUCAGCGGCGAAUACGACGACAGCCUACCGCAACCGCGACCACUCCGGUUGCCGGCGAAUGAUUUUUCAUGCAAUGGAAGUGAUUGUGAUAUUUCCUGGAUUUGUCUGCUCGUCUUCAUCCUGGCGCUUUGCUUUGCAAUUCCACUAAUUUAUGUAGUUUAUGUGGCGGAGCACAUAGAUAAAUAUCAUCACGAUAGUUUUAGCGAUAACCACAGCGUUAAUCAUAUUAAUAAGAGCCACGGUGUGAAGCUGUGACAGGUUGGAUAUUAUGUUACUUUAUAAAACGGUAUUCAAUGCGAAAAGGGAAGGUUCAACUGAUUCACUGGGAGCGGUGUCAAACAUCUGUAAAACGAGGAGUGCCUUUUACAUCUGUUGAUUAGCUCUUUAAAUAAACGGAUAUUUUUUCUCCUACAGUUAAAUCGAAUGGAA